CUAGCAAACGAGCACACACAGUGCUCAGCUUCACGCAAGAUCACGCCAAUAUUCUGCACCUCGCAGCGCGUUGGGGCAUCGAUUCCUGAAGCGCUGCGCCUGCUGCAGCAUCUCGCGCCAUCGCUGCGGCACUUUGAGGCCUUUGACCACAUUGCUCUCACUGCUCUCUGAAAGCCUGCGGCGCUGUUCAUCGUCGCGCGUGGCUGGAACGCCAGCAAACGCCAUGUCUGACGCCAUAACAAACGAUCCAGAACUGGAAAGGAAGGGCUGCGCGGCAGCCGCGGAGUACGCGCAGAUCCACUGGGCGAAGCUGCAGCGCCUCGUCAACGACGACGCCGUGCCCGCGGAAUCGAUCGAGCUGCACGGCAACGACCGGCGGCUCUACGCCUGCUUCCGCGCGUCGAUCUCGGAGGACGUCGCGGUGCUGCGCGCCGAGCAGCUGAAAACGCGGAUCUGGCGCGAUCUGCUCACGUGCAUGGAUGGUCGCGUUAAAGAUCACAACUUUAUGACGCUGUUACGGCCCGACGCGGCGCUGAGCUACGACGACCAGCGCGAGAACCUCUUCGUCGUGCCGCGGGCGCAGUUUCUGAUGAUCGAGCUCGCUCGUCAACGGGAGGGCUGCUACGACGGCGCAUGGCGGGCGAAGCGACGCGCGUGCGCAAUGCCGGCGUCAGCACCGCUCCGCCUCACGCGGACUACGCGCUACAGCGUGCUGGAAUGCGCCGCGAGCACGGCCAGAAUUGUGGGCGUGGACGCAUCGUCGAGCGCGGCCGACGCUAGCGCGACGAGCGCGACGGCUGAAGGAGCCGAGGAAGAGUCGGACAACGCGCGCGCCGCAAGACUGGGCAAGCAGCUCGCAGAGUGCGUCCCGUGCGCCGAGGCGGCACGUAGGCUGCCCUGUCCGCGGACGGCGGCGCGGCGGCCGCGCGAUGGCGCCCCCGUCGUCAUCGACGGCGCGCUGGAUCAAGCGGCGUGCGCCGAGGCCUGCGCGGCCGCACUGGCCUUCUUCGACGGCGCGGGGGACCGUAGAAUUGCCGAGCAACAAUUGCAUCGCGGCGACGACGUGGCCUUUGUCCCUCUAUUUGGUGAGGACGAGGGCUCGCCGCUGCGACAGGCGCUGGGGCCCGCGCGCCGCCUCCUCGCGCGCGCCGCCGCCGACAUCGGCGAUGCGGAUUUGUUAGUCCCGGAGGUAGCCCAGCUAGCGUUGUACGACGGGUGCAAGCGCAAUUUAAAACCAGGGUACGUCGCGCACCGUGACAACGCGUCCACACCUGGUGCUGCUGGCGAGAACUACCGCGAAGUGACGUUGCUCCUCUAUCUGAACGGCGCGCCACCGGGCGCUAGCGGCGGCGAGCUCCGUUCGUACGUCGGCGCGGAGCCCUCGGAUCUCGAUGGCGCCACCGCCCUGCGCGUCGACGACAUCCAGCCUCGCGCGGGUCGCCUCGUCCUCUUCGAGUCGCGCACGCUGUUGCACGCUGUGCGGCCCGUCGGGCUCUGGCGCCGCGUCGCGCUGUCGCUCUGGUGCCUCAAGCGGAUUCCGAACGAUAGACUCUCGCCACUUACGGAUAUCUUGGGCGCCGAUGCUUUCCAGUACUUGGAUGCGAUAAGUCUGGCCCGGCUUGCAGCGUGCGCGCGCGUGUUCGGGAAGAAGAAGGACGGGCGCUCGCUCUGCGACGCAGCAGCGCGGCAGCAACUUAGCGCCCUCCGCGAAGAAUUCUUGACGGGAGUCAAGAGCAUCGACGGUAUGGACUGGCUUCUAUACCGACAAAUUCCCUCCUGGAUCUACUGCUUGUACGAUUGGGAAGAGUCGAGUGCUGCGUUAGGAAGAUGGGGCCCCGUCGACAUGUUCGGGGACCGUGGAUGGACAUUCCGUCGAAAAGAGAAGGAACGCGAAAAGAGGAAGAGGGCCGUGGACGAGAUCCGACAUCAGAUACAUAUCAAAGGCUCCCGGGCCCAGGAGUAUGUCGACGAUUUUCUCGCUGAGCUACUCCGGGACGCGCGCGAGGAGGACUAAUGUGUUGUUUGACUUAAUACAUCGAGCGAAAAACGAACGAA